AUGUCCCACAGCCUCUUCGGAAUCGUCACCAAGACUGGCGCGAUGAGCAAGACCGUCACCGUCUCGGUGCCCCGGUACUUUGAGCACGCAAAGCUGCUCAAGCGUAUCCACAAGGAGACCAAGAUGCUCGUGCACGACGAGAACGAGACCGCCCUUCUCGGCGACGUCGUCGUCAUUCGUCACGGCAAGUCCUUCUCCAAGCGCAAGAGCUUCUUUAUCCAGUCGCUCGACAACCGCCCAGACUACCCAGGACUCCCCGAAAAGUCGGUCUAUGUCGGCCUCGCUACCAAGAACGCUAAAAACCUCAUCGAGGCGCAGAAGGCAAAGGCUAAGAGGAAAGAGGCCGAUGAGGCAGCCAAGCUCGCAAAGGUCGACGAGCUCAUCAAGAAGGCGCGGUUGUAG